AUGGACCAAGACGAGUUUUCUUCUUCUUGGAACGAAACAACGGUCUUAUGGAACAUGGAUGACUAUCCAAUCCCUGUUGGCAUCGAUGAUCUUGGUUCAAUUCGUAAAAAUAUCGAAGAAGCUCUUCAACGAUUUGGCUUUCAUGGACCUAAAGAUGUUAAUGUGCAUUGUAAGCAUCUCGAGUGUGACAUUAAAAAAGAGUUGAGCGAUGCCCGAAUAUUCUACUUACCUUCAUGUACAAAGACGUACAUGACUACUUUGGCUCAUGUUGACAAAGUGAUUACUAUGGAUAUGACUAGUACUUUGGUUAAGUUCGGAUUGACUUGUCAAGAUCCGCCUGAUGAUGAAGAGUUUAGUUUUAGUGUAGAAUCUCUGCUUGGUUAUGCACAUUUUGUUUUAGGUGCUAGUGAUAGCAUUGUCGAAGAAGAUGUUGAAGAAGAUCCCUCUUAUGUUGAAGAAGAAGACCUCUACCCUUACCCCUACCCUUACCCCUACCCCUACACCUCUGUUGAAGAAGAAGAAGAAGAAGAAGAAGAAGAUGUCUCCAAGAUCUUAGACUUUCUUGAGCCUAUUAGACCGGUAAAAAGGGAUAUGACAGCCGUCUUCUGGGAUGGUGAGGAUUGCCCAUUCCCUUAUGGUUCCACUCCUGAUGAGAUUUACCACUCUAUCACAUCAGCUCUUGUGGAAAUGAAGUUUAGUGAUAAGAUUACAAUCUGGGCCUAUCUUGAUGAUGAUGAGAAAGGUUCUUGGAGGGAUGUCUUACUGAGUGGUGACAAGACGUGGGAUUCCAGAAUCUACUUUCUUCCAGGAGGGGAUAAAGACUCGAGACGUAUUAGAAUGGCAAAUGACAUUAUUUUGUUUUUGAACAGUGGUUGUCCUCGAGAUUUGGUUCUAGUCUCAGAUCAAUUCAAAGCUGACCUCUACUACCUCGAGUUGCUUUACUAUGUACAUUCGGUUAUUGUCUUCAUAGUGCCGACUCAGGACAUCAAUAAACCAGAAAGCCCUGAAUGGCCACGAUUGCUGAUAGAUGAAGGAUAUCAUCGUUUUGCUAACAUAAGGAAAUUCUCUUAUGAACCUUGUCCUAAAGAGCAGCGUCUAAUUAUGAAUGCAGAGUCUGAAUGCCCAGAAGAAACUACCUACUGA